AUGGCGGCUCAACUACCCGACAAGCUCAAAACAGCAGACAUCACUCGAUUUGCCGUGCGAGCAGCACAACUAGAGAAGGCAAGACCCAUCGUCACAUACUGGUGCGAAUACCACAUCCUCCAACAAAUCCUCGGCAAACAGCUGCACGCCGGCGACGAUGCCUCCUCCAACUACGCCGUGCAACUCAUGGACAAGCUCGAGGCCACCAAAGCCGACAACGCCUCCAACGAUGCUAUCGUCGACGACGUCGCCGCCAAAGCGUACAUUGAGAACUUCGCCCUCGAAACGUUCAACCGCGCGGAUGAGUCGCAGCGGGCGAACAAGGUCACCAAACAGACGGCCGAUACAUUCAUGGCGGCUGCAACGUUUAUGGAUCUGUUGAGCAUUUGGGGACAGGUGGAUGCGGAUAUUGCGGCGAAGAGUCGGUUUGCAAAGUACCAUGCGCGGAGAAUAUUACAAGCCUUCAAGGCGGGAGAAGAUCCGAAUGCGACGAAUCCGGUGGUGGAAGAGCCGGAACAACCAGUCGAUGAUGAUGGGAUCGAGGCGGAGUUGAAGGCGCUCGAAGGGAAGCAAAAUGGGAGCGCAAGCGAAGGCUAUCGCCCUGGCACGGUUGUCGACACAGAGGCCAACGCACGAUCGCUGGCACCAGACACCCUGUCACCGAGCGGCUUACCUCCACGCACAAGCUCCCACCAAGUCUCCCCUCUCGAAUCCAGCUCGAUAAAAGACAGCAGAACAAACUCCAUCGGCGGCGGCUACUUCCCCACCACCACCACCACCACCACCAAUACCGACACAAACAUGCCAGAUGCCCACAACCCCGCCAGCCCACCCCAAACCCCCGGCCCGCAAGACAUGAACCCCCAAGACUUCUACAACACCCUCGCCCCCGCCCCCUCCGAACAGCCCUCCGCCCCUCCACCCGAAGACCUAGGCAUCGCCAGUCCCGCAAGACCCAGCGCCCCCACGCCCCACCAAAUGUCCGCUCAGCCGCCUACCGUUCCGCCUGUGCAGUCUCCUCUGCAUACCCCGGCGCCGCUACCGAUUGCUUCCCCGCCUAUUGCUGCUCCGCGUCCUCCACCUCCUACUGCUGUUGCUCCGCCACAGCAGGCCACGACGGGGUUCAGGACGGAUGAUGAGGCGACGGCGCUGGCGCAGAAACAUGCGCGGUGGGCGAUUUCGGCGCUGAAUUUCGAGGAUGUGAAUACGGCGGUGAAGGAGUUUAGGUUGGCGUUGGAGAGCUUGGGGGCUAGAUGA